UCCCAUAGUGGGCACUCAGUUUUAUCUGGCGAGUCAGUAAAUAUUCGUGAGAUUUACAACACGCCUAAAAAUAUUGGCUUUUGGCAUGGCGGCGGCAGUAUAUCGUUGGCGUACAUAGCGUGAAUUCGCGGCACGCUUUGUUCGUUGCACAUUCCGCUGCAUUGUCAACGCUAACGACGGCCACUCUGUGUAGAUAGAUAUAUUGAAAUCGCAAAGUGCCGGGCAAAAGUAACUGGCACACAAAGCAUUUUGCAAAGGGCGAACGCGAUUUCGAUUGCGAUUUUUUUUUCUUCAGCUUAAGUGAAAAAAACGCUAUUGUUUUCGGCGCAUUGUGUCAAAUAGUAAAGAGUGCAGAAAAAAAGUUCAAAAAAAUACAAAAAAACUCAACGUGCCAAGCAACUGCUGUGACCACAAGACACAAACGCUUUUGCGGCCACAGCACUGUGACGCGUCAACACAAAGCACGCCGCCGAAAAAGCAAAUAGAAAUAAUAAAAAAAACCAAAAAACAAAAAAAAUUAAAAACGAAAUCCAACAAUAAAAAAAAACACUUACAUUGCAACAGUAGCUAAAGCAUUAUCGCUAUUGCUGCCAUACAUCCGCCGAUUCGUCAACCUGCUGGCAUUAGGGUGCUCUGGGACAAAGGCAAGCCCCGCACAACGCCGCCACACCGCUAAUUAACUGAAACUCGCCUGCUGAAAUAUUCAUCCUGUCUAUUUGAGUUUGAUUGUGUCAUUGUUGUUGUUGUUUUUUUUUAUUCGAUUGUCUUUUUUUGUUUGCUGUUUGUGUUGCGCCGCCACGCAGCCCAUUGUUGUCUGUCUGUGCCUUUGGUCGUUUUCACCGCAGACACUCAGACGCCAUUGAAUUGCAUGUUUGUUGUUGUUGUUGCCAUUAUUUAACAGCGUAUCGUUAAUUGCAACAUCCGUCGUCGCCAUGUUGGUACCGCCGGAUAUGUUGGCAGCGCAAACGCGCAUGAUUUACCAGAUGAAUCGCUACUGUGCGGAGCGCGUCCAAGCGCGUAUGUUCAAAACGGCCACAGCCAUAAGAGAGAUCUGCAAAAUCGUACAGGAUAUUCUGAAGGAGGUGGAAUUGCAGGAGCCGCGUUUCAUCUCCAGUUUGGUGGAGUGCAAUGGCAGAUUUGAGGGCGUCCAAGUGAUUUCGCCGAAUGAGUUCGAAAUUGUCUUGUAUCUCAAUCAAAUGGGUGUUUUCAACUUCGUCGACGAUGGCACACUACCCGGCUGCGCGGUGCUCAAGCUGAGCGAUGGUCGCAAGCGUUCCAUGUCGCUGUGGGUGGAAUUCAUCACGGCGUCGGGUUAUUUGUCUUCGCGUAAGAUACGCUCGCGUUUUCAGACGCUGGUCGCGCAGGCGUGUGACAAGAGCAUUUAUCGUGAUAUGGUGAAAGUGAUCGGCGAUACAACCGAAGUUAAGCUGCGCAUUCGCGAACGUUUUGUCGUGCAAAUAACGCCGGCUUUCAAAUGUUCCGGCAUAUGGCCGCGUUCGGCGGCUCAUUGGCCGCUGCCACAUAUACCCUGGCCACAUCCGAAUAUCGUGGCCGAAGUGAAGACGGAAGGCUUCGAUUUGCUAUCGAAAGAAUCAAUUGUCAUGCAGAAUAAGAACAAUAAUGCCGCGAUGGAGGGCGAUGCGUGGGUGCUGAGCUUCUUCGAAGCGGAAAAUCGUCUGCUACAGGGUGGCUGCCGUCGUCGCUGUUUGAGCAUACUCAAGACAUUGCGUGAUCGUCACCUCGAUCUGCCCGGCAAUCCGAUCACCGCUUACCAUCUGAAGAAUCUACUGCUCUACGAAUGUGAGAAACAUCCGCGUGACUUCGAAUGGGACGAGCCGUGCAUCGCCGAUCGCAUCAACGGUAUCUUUCUGCAGCUGAUCUCGUGUCUACAAUAUCGCCGAUGUCCACACUAUUUCCUACCGACACUCGACAUGUUCAAAGGCAAAUCGCCCAGCUCGUUGGAGCAGGCGGCCAAGCAGGUUUGGUGUUUGACGCGCGAAAUGCUGACCAAUGCGAACGCUUUCGAGAAGCUCUAAA